AUGGUUGGGGAGACCGUGGCACUUGAGGUGGUCAGAAGUGUAGCUGCAGCCAUAAGGUCAAGCCAGCCAAAGAACUUGCACUUGUUAGGGCACCGGUUAUCCAAAGUUGCUUUGCCCCAAACAAUGAUAUGUGACCAAGCAGCAAACCAUGAAAAUGGCACCGAGGGAGGAGGCUCUAGAGUUAAAUAUGCUCUGAUGGAUGUUCCCAUCACCUUACCUUCGAUGAAACCAGCUACUGACAAGACCAACCCCAAACAAGGAAUUGGUAUGCUGUCAUGGAGCAGCGACAGCCACUAUUUCUUCACCCGGAACGACAACAUGCCGACUGCUCUUUGGAUAUGGGAUAUAUGCCGCCUUGAGCUUGCCGCUGUGCUUGUGCAGAAAGAUCCAAUCUGUGCUGCAGCAUGGGACCCUACCUGCACACGCCUUGUUUUACGCACGGAGAGCCCUCACUUGUACAUGUGGACGCCAUCUGGUGCCUGUUGUGUCAACAUCCCCUUGCUGAACUUCCGAAUCCUUGAUUUGAAGUGGAACUCGAAUGGGAGCUGUCUCUUCCUGAAGGAGCGCGAAUCUUUCUGCUGUGCCACAAUCAUAUCUGCCCUGCCUGAGGAAGAACCUGAUCAAUCUGAUGAUACUUCCGAAGAUGAAUGA